GUCGUGUCCCCGGCUCCGUAGGCGGCGGCGGCGGCGGCGGAGCGGAGCCGCGCGCGCUCAAGCCCGCGGGAGGCACCAUGUCCCCGGGGAGCGGGGUGAAGAGCGAGUACAUGAAGCGCUACCGGGAGCCGCGCUGGGAAGAGUACGGGCCGUGCUACCGGGAGCUGCUGCACUACCGCCUGGGCCGCCGGCUGCUGGAGCAGGCGCACGCGCCCUGGCUCUGGGACGACUGGGGCCCGGCCGGCGCCUCGGACGACUCGGCGUCGUCGGCGUCGUCGGGCGCCGGGGGCCCCGCGCCCCAGUUCGCCCCCGCCUCGCCGCCGCCGCCGCCGCCGCCCGCGGAACCCGCGGCGCGGGAGGGGCCGGAACGGCGGGCGCGCGGGCCGGCGGAGGAGCAGGGCGCGGAGGCGGCGGAGGCCGGGGAGGCCCGGGACGCGGCGAGCGCGGAGGAGGCGGCGGACGGGGCUCUGCCAGCACUGCCAGUGAAAGACAUAAAAGAAAAACCUGAACAACAGGUCAGAGCAAAAGAGACUGACAAGUUACCCAGCAGUACUGAACCUCGACAGCAACCAAGUGCCUUAUUUGCUAGAGGAAAUAGGAAAGCAGCCAAAAGUCCUCAAAGAUCAUCAACUAAAAUAAAGGAGAAGAAGCAUCCGUUUGCUCUUUAUGGGUGGGGAGAAAAACAGACCGAUACAGGAAGCCAAAAAACUCACAACGUCUGCGCGUCUGCCCCCGUGCAUGAGAUUCACGAAUCAGCAUUACGAGCCAAGAACAGAAGACAGGUGGAAAAAAGGAAACUGGUCACUCAGAGGCAGCGCGCUCACUCUGUAGACGUGGAGAAAAACCGAAAGAUAAAGCCUUCCUCCUCGGAGAACCCAUGGAUGACAGAGUACAUGAGAUGCUAUUCGGCAAGAGCUUAAAGGCCGAAACAUUUGCUUGGACAGCCUCUUCAAAAGAGUGUAAAUGAAAAGAAAGAAGAAACAAAACAAAAGAAAACAGACAUAGAUUUAAGAAACCAGCUGAUUAUGCAAGGUUUUCCGUAGGGCAUGUCCAAAAGAUUGCUCUAUUUCAGUGAACCCUGGUCACCUACCUCAGUAGUAGGGCGACAGUUGAAGCCAUAGAUAUUUGGUUAUUUAUGAAGCUCAGUCCCUAAUAUUUGAUAUUCUUAUAAGGGUUUUUGUUUUAAAGCAUCUUAAUCUUUUCAGAUACCGCCACCGAAUGCCUUUAAAUGGCUAUUGAUGCUUAACAUUCAGUCUUCUCUGUCAGUGUAGCCGGAGCCUGUUUUCAUCCUGUCCUGAGUAACUUUCCAGAUUCCAUAGUGAGGAAGAUCAUUCCGACCUGUAGCUUAAGACUCAUUUUCCUUACGCGUGGUUUUCUUCGUGAAAGAACGGCUCAUCGAAAGGGAGUUUCGACACUAACAUCGACUCCUUGUACAGUGACGCCAGAACCCCCGCAGUUCCUGAAAAAGUAAACUUAUUCGUCUUUCAAUUAUGGCACCACUUUACACAGACCGUGAUAUUUAAGAAUUAUCUGGGCUGGGUGAGGGUCCUCUUUUCUCUUUAAAUUGUCAUCUGGGCACUUUCUAUCUCAUGCAGAUUUUAAUAGAUCGAAUGCAGUCCCGUACGUAAAGUGCCAGUGCGGUGUGUUGAGAGGAGUACUGAACUUCUUCUGUGAAACUUUUCUUUUCAUUACUGCAACUUUCUUAACACGUAACGGGAGAAGCAGCUCCUUGCUGCGGUCCAGCCUUUUGGCAUAUACGCGCUGCGGACUCUUGCCUCUUCUUUAAUAGUUGGCCGUGACAUUUAGAACUUCCCGUGUGAAAUUUCACUUAGCGAUGUUGAGGUGGUCUUGCGCACGGGGGUGGGGAUGACAUCCAGAUACCAGUUAGAGAUGUGGCUUACCCCUACUUUCUCCACUUUUUCCUCUACAGAACUCAUUCGUAACAAAGCCUUGACAAUGUACGUUGUUCAGACUUCUGCUGAAAUGCAUUUCUCCCGGAUUCCUAGCCAGUGGAAUGAGACGAUGGUGGUGUUUGUCUAGGCACGGAUGUUGAGCAUGUAAACAAAGCGCUCCUUCCCUGGUACAUUUCCUUUGGGGUAGAACAAAAUGGUUUUAAGGAAUGCUGGUUUCCAUCCAGCUGAUACAGGAAUCUACAGGAAGGAAGAGUGCCGAAUUCUCUGGAAGAGGGAAAAAAGGUCCUUUGCCUAGGCCAGGCUAGCACCCGUAGAUGGGUGAAUAAAAUUUGCUAUUAGGUGUGAGGUUGAACAUUCCCUUGCUGUUUUUACUCUGGAUCUUUGAAGUGUUGUCAAUUUUUACUCUUUUUUUUUUUUUUUCUAAAGUAGGCUCCAGGCCCAGUGUGGGGCUAGAACUCAUGACCCUGAGACCAAGAGUAUGCUCUACCAAUUGAGCCAACCAAGCCCCCCAUAGUCAAUGUUUAGAACACAAAUAUGUUGUAUUCCACAUAAAAUCUUCACACGAUGUCCUCUUACAACUGUAUAAGCUUUGAAAACUCAAGAAUCGUGAGCUUUAAAAAAAAGAAAAAAGACUUUCUAAAUACUUGCAUCGUUCUGAGGUGAAUCCUUUUACGUAGAGAGCUCUCCUAAUCAUUGAGAUGGGUAUUUAACAGGAAGUUCUAUAUGUCGGUCCAAAACAACCCUGCUAAUAAUCCUGGUGAACGUUACUGUCAUUAUUAAAGUCCUUAAACACUGCAGGUACCUAACGAUCAAAUUAACGUGGCAUUGUGAUGGUGCAGCUGACUGUGAAAACUGUUCCUUCCAAAGCCCUUCGUGCACGUUUGUGUUUAGGCAUCCAGCUCAAGCGUUCCUGUUGCACCUGACAAUCUCCGGGAAGAUGGCCUUGGGUGUAGGUCAGGUUCCACACUGACGGGCUGCCUUAGAAACCCAGCUUCCUCUCGGCUUUACCAAGCCGGACUCCCUCCCCUUUAGGGAACAGACUCGUAUUCAAUGUGCUUCCUCCUGGCAGCUCCAGAUGGAGAAAAAACCUAGAAGGCAAUACUGGCCAGUUUUACCCCUUUCUUAAGUAGAAGACCAAUGGACAGGAUUUUUAAAGUACUUUUCAUGUGCAUGAACAAUGAGUACAUCAGCCUGAAUUAACUGUGAGUCCCCUUCCCAUGUCCAAGUCAUUAGUUGCCGAGGGUGUCUUUUUAGGGGUGAAAAUCACCUUUGGAGCCCAUGAAGUUUUUUAAGCGGUAACAAUUUGAUGGUCUGACUGUUCCCUUCAUUCUAGAAACUCAUGUUCCUAAUUCUUAUAAAUCGUGUUCCUAAUUCUUGGGACAACGUGGAAGACAGCAAGCUGGUUUAAAAUUACCUUUCAUGUUGAAAAGUCUGAAACUGAAAAUCCAGUGAGAAUAUGGAAUAAAAUAAUUGCUGCCUAAGAUUCUCUUUUUUAAAUUUUGGUUUUAAAAUUAAAAGUUUGCCAUAAACAUGGUUUCUGUGUUACUUUUAUUAAGAGCAGUAAUCGGAUACUAAGUAACAUCUAGCAACUCUGCUGGACCAAGGCAAAUGACAAGUAAAUAGAAAUCUAUUUCUUUUUUUGAAAAAAUAUUUUGAAAUACUUUUUUAAGUGUAUCUUUAUUUAUUUUGAGAGACAGAGCAAGCAGGGGACGGACAGAGAGAGAGGGAGACAGAAUCCCAAGCAGGCUCCGCACUGCCAGCACCGAGCCCGAUGCGGGGCUCGAACUCGCGAACCACGAGAUCAUGACCUGAGCCAAACUCAAGGAGUCGGAUGCUUAACCGACCGAACACCCAGGCGCCCCUAUUCUUUCAUUUUAAACUAAAAGGCUGCUCUUAUUUAGGAGGUAUCAAAAUACUCAGUACCUCUGGGUUUUAUAUAUAUAUAUAUGUAUGUAUACACACACACACACACACACACACACACACACAUACAUAUACUCCUAUAUAUAUAUAUAUAAACUCCACCGCGGUAACAUUUCUAAGUACAUAUAUACAUUUUUUAAAAGUUUACUAAAGGUAUAAUAGGGUAUAGAUUCUCUGAAUUGCUCAUGAUGUAGUAGGCACCUAUUUAUGGUACUUCAUAUGUAAUACCUUUGUCAUUGUUUCAUUAAAUAAAAAUUGCCAAUAACUUGAAA